CUGCUGUUUCUCCUCAGGUCGGCGGGCUGCCGCGGGGGCAGAGGCGGGCGUGUCCGGGCCCACCUGUGGGAGGCGGGGCUCAGCCUGGCGGCCUUCGGGGCGGGGCUGCUGCUGGCCUCCCUGCACGGCGCCGCGGCCCUGCUUCUGCAUAAACAGCCGCUCUGGUUCUGCGUCUACUGCACCGUGGCGCUGGCCGGCCUCGCCGCCUUCGGCAUGGGGCUGUCCGCCGGCGUCAGGGCCACCGUAACGGUCAUGCUGCCCUCCAUGUGCUCAGGCCACGGGAGGAAGCUCCUCCUGCUGCUGUUUGCGUCGGCGCUGCUGACCGGGCCCUUGAGCAACACGCUGGAGAACACCAAGCGGGCGGCGUCCAGCCUGCUGUGCGGCGCCGAGCUGGCGGCCAAUCAGACGCAGGAGCUGAUGCAGAAGGCGGCCACGCCCCUGUUCUCGGUUCUGGAAAACAUCCGGCAGAUCAGCAGCAACGCCUACGCCGUGGCCGGCCGCGUCCGGGGGUUCGUGGAGGCCCUGACCGAGAGCGUCCGCCAUGUGGGAGUGGUGGUGUAG